AAUAGAUUCUGACGAAAAGAACGAAGGCGGUUUGUUGGCUAAGGUUUUUGUCUUUAGGUUACCUCGUUAGUCAGACAUUUUUUAAAAUUCAAAGUUAAAACCGAAUUACUCAGCAUGGGGCCCAAUUUGCAGGUAGAAGACAAUUACAAAAAACUAAGUAAAGGAAUUCGGGCAAUUUUACUGGGUCCACCAGGAGCAGGAAAAGGCACGCAGGCACCUAAAUUGGCAGAUCAAUAUUGCGUGUGUCACCUUGCGACUGGGGAUAUGCUCCGUGCUAUGGUAGCUUCUGGAUCAGAACUGGGAAAGCGAUUAAAGGAAACGAUGGAUUCUGGGAAGCUGGUGAGUGAUGAAAUGGUGGUAGAGCUGAUUGAGAAGAACUUGGAUACACCACAGUGUAAGAAUGGAUUCCUGCUAGAUGGCUUUCCACGUACUGUGAAGCAGGCAGAAAUGUUAGAUGAUUUAAUGGAGAAAAGAACAGAGAAGUUGGAUUCAGUGAUUGAAUUUAAAGUUGAAGAUUCUCUGCUUCUGCGCAGAAUCUGUGGUCGACUUAUUCACACAUCCAGUGGACGCUCCUAUCAUGAGGAAUUCAAUCCACCUAAGGUUGCUAUGAAGGAUGAUGUGACAGGGGAACCACUGACAAGGAGGUCUGAUGACAAUGCUGAGACACUGCAAUCUCGACUCAAGGCUUAUCACACUCAGACAACACCACUAGUGCAGUACUACCAAAAACGAGGAAUCCACACCCCAGUAGAUGCUUCUCAGGCUCCAGAUCUGGUCUUUGCAAGCAUCCUUGCUGCCUUCUCACAAGCCACAUCUGUUUGAACUCCAAGUUGUACCUGAACCCUUCCUAAUGGAUCUACUGUAUGCUGAGCUAUGUCAAGCUGAGAAUACAAUAGGGUCCAUGGGCCCUUCUCCUUAGAAAAGCUGUGAAACCCAGCCAUGUAACCAAAGGUUUUUUGACAAAGAUCUCUAAUCUGGAUAGCAGAGGCCUGGGGUUCACACCUUUGUUUGGGAAGUGAAUGACAUGUUUGUUCAAGCAUAUUUGUAAUCAACGCAAUAAAUUUUCUUCACAUUUU